AUGCGCGUAUCGUACCUCCCGUUCCUCUCGGCUGCGACUAUGGUCUGCUUCUGGGCCCGUGCUGAUGCUUUUGCCGCCGAUGCCGGGGUCCCGGUGCCGUCGAACGCGACUUUGGUCAUGCCAGUCGCCACGCAGCCGAUUCAACCCGCACCGGUUGACCCGAAGCCGCCUCAAUUCGCUGUCACCGAGUCAGCCAAGCAACGUUCGAACCGACUGCGCGCAAUGAAGGACAAGAAGGACGACGACGACGACGACGACAGCAUCAGUGACAGCAGCAGCAUCGAGAGCACGGACAGCCAUGACAGCAUUAGCGACAGCAGUGAGAUGGGGAAGUACGGUCAUAUGACUGAUAGGAAGUUGCACCACCUCGAAAGGGAGAAGCACCGCCUCGAAAGGGAGCAGCUCCGCCUCAUUGAGGGCCGCCUCAGCAACAACGAUCAGCCGCCAAGCAAGUGGUAG